CAAGUUCUAUGAGUUUGAAACAGCUCAUUGCACUGCACUCCUUUAGGAACAAAUAUUCAAGAUUGUCCAUAAUCAACAAUUUCAAAAAAGAUUCCACUUUGUUCCACUCAGAACUCCGAAAAAUUUUCAUUUCAAUUCUUGGAGAAUAAGGAACGAUGAGAAUUGAUUUGGACUGCGUAGAAUUCUUAUUUUGACAUUUGGUAUUUUUUGUUUUUGUUAUGAGUAAUUAAAAAGUAAAAAUUUUUGAUCGUAUUUGUACGUCUAAGAUUUAUUUUCAUGCCAUAGUUUCAAUUUGAAUCUUAGUCAAUAUUAUUAUUUAGAUUAAUAAUAAAUUUUUAUACUAAUUAGUAUAGCUAGGGGAUAAGCAAUAAUAUGGGAGCACUUUUUGGAAAAAGUAAAAAACCGCCCAGCCGUGUUACAGAACAUGAUAAAGUUGUUUUACAACUGAAACAACAGCGAGAUAAACUGAAGCAAUACCAAAAACGUAUAGAAAUAACAUUAGAAAAAGAUAGGGAAUUAGCAAGAAAAUGUUUGCAUUCUGGAAGAAAAGAGCGAGCUAAAUUAUUGCUACGUAAAAAGAAAUAUCAAGAAACUUUGUUGCAAAAUACGGACCAACAGCUUGAAAACUUAGAAAAAAUGGCUGCUGACAUCGAAUUCGCUCAAAUUGAACAGCAAGUAAUAGAUGGACUUAAAGCGGGUAAUAGUGCUCUUAAAAAAGUACAUGAAGUUCUUACAAUCGAAGAAGUUGAACGGGUACUCGAUGAGACAAAUGAGGCUGUAGAAAAACAACGAGAACUUGAUGAAUUACUAUCUGGUGCUUUAACUCAAGAAGAUGAAGAUGCUGUACUUGCGGAAUUAGAUGCUCUCGUUGCUGCAGAUGAUGCAAGUAAAGUUAUACCAACCGAAAAUAUAUCUGAAAAUUUGCCAGAAGUUCCAUCUGAUAAUUUAGGAGUAGAAGAAGAAGAAGAAGGUAGAACUCCAGCAAAGAAAGUCAAAGAAAAUUCUCAAAAAAGAAUUCUAGUUGAAGCGUGAUAUAUACAUAAAUAUUUUUAAGAUGAUAAAA